GUGGUUGGCAUCUAAAAUUUUCUUUCUCGAUUCAUAGUUGUAGAUAGUAGUUUUAGAUAAUUAAGAAAAUUAGUGGUUGGCAUAAUAUUUAUUAAUGUAGAUAAAAUAUCAUAAAUUCCAUUGUAUAUGUAUAGUGAAGUAGUAGACAGUGGACUAUUUACGAAAACGUUUACCAUAAAUUAUUUGUAAUUAAUUUUAUUUGAUUUUGAUUUUAAUAUCAUGUUAUUUAAUAGACAUCGUUAUUAAUCAUAAAUGUUCAUUAUUGUUUGUGACGUGAAAGUUUUAAAUAAUAUCUAAAUUAAAUUGGUUUAGUAACAAAUAACUUUUUUGUUAUUAGAGAAUUGAAAUUUUUGAUGAUGUAAGUUUGUUAUUUGCAAUGCAUCCUGUACGAAGACGUAAAAAACGACCCAACUAUGGUGUACGGAUGGUAGAAGUCAAUCGAGGCAAAAAUGGGUUUGGAUUUACCAUAUCUGGGCAACAACCCUGCAUUCUUAGCUGUAUUGUUCCUGGAAGUCCGGCCGACCAGGCAGGUCUUCGAGCUGGUGACUACUUGGUAGCUGUUAGUAACCAUAAUGUUAGCAAACUAUUACACGAUGAUGUUGUACAAUUGAUUGGUGGAUGUCAAUCUGCACUAAGACUUCAAAUAGCUGAAAAUUAUUAUUCAGAUAGCUCAGAUGAGGAGUUUAAAAAUGAAUUAGGAAGACAACGACCAAAAUAUCCACAUAAGUCUAGAUCAGCCUUAACUCCUAUUAAUGUAAAUAAGAUGAGAAAUGAUGAACAUUAUGAAAUAGAGUUUGCUCAAGAAUCAAAGCCUUGUCCUCGUAAUAACAAUUGUUCUACUUAUGAUAAAGAAGAAGUUACUAGUUAUAAUUUUCAAAUAGUUGCUAGGUAUUUAGGAUCAAUAGAAAUGCCAUGUAUACCAGCUGGAUCUCGAUUACAAGUUAGUAAUUUUACAUUUUAAUAUUUUUUUUACUAACUAAGAUAAGUACAAUAAUUAUUGUACCUAAUUAUCAUAAUUUAAGGUAGAUAAUUGCACCCUUUUAAAAAUAUCAAUUAAAUUUUAAACCAGGACAUAUUUUUCAAAUUAAAAUUGUAUUUUCCCUAUUGCACAUUUUCCCCACAGAUAGGACUUCAGAACAAGCCUACUUUACUGGACAUACUUUUUUUUGGAAACCAUCGUAAAAAUUAGUUAUGACCAAAAACUUCAAAAAACCCGUGUUUUAAAAUUUAACAAAAUGUUUGUUAUUUUUUUGAUGUUAAGGAUUAAGGAUGAUACUACAAUCAGAAUUUUUUUGGAAUCCAAUAUUUGAGAAGUUGUAGAUAUUUUAAAACUAUAGACAUGUCAUUAUACAUAAUUUACCCCAUUAUGCUUACCGUUUUCUCUCACCAACUUGAAUGCCACUAUAAUGGUCUUUUUUUAGAGGGAGAAAUCUCGAAAAUAAUGAAAAAAAAGUGUGUCUGAAAAUUAUUAAACUAUUAGACAUACACCAGAACUUCACCCCAAAUUGUUUUUCAAUUCCUAUUACUAGAUAUAUAAUACUUCAUAAAUUAGUAUUAACUAAACAAAAAGUCGGACUCCAAAUAUUUGAGUUGUAGAAGAAGAUAAAUGAAUACAAACUAAUUUAAAAAACCUAGUUUAUACUUAGAUUUCUAUAUUAUUGAUGGAUUACUGAUAUGUAUAGUUGUGUUUAUCUGCUUUACCUACUAUUUAAUUUUAAUUAUUUUGUUUUUGCUUUGAAAUUAGGUUGUAAAAAGUUGUAUUAAACGUUUAAAAGCAGAAAAGCGUUCUCAUGCUGCUGUAUUGAUGACAGGAUAUGGAUCCAAUCUUUGUCUGCAAAAUAAUGCUGGGGCAACAUUAGCUGUUUAUCCUGGUGGUCGAGUUAUGUUCUGUGCUGCGAGUUCUGAUGAAAAUAGCAAAUACUUUGGUGUAGUUACUAUAUCAUCUAUAGAUGAUGAGCCAUCAAAUUCGUGUCAUGUCUUUGCUGUAGAUCCAGCAUCACACGAAGAACAUACUACACAAGCUAAUAGUUUUAAAAUUACUUGUGUUAGAGAUUCUAAUGGAGUUUGUACUCAAUUCCCACCAAAUUGUGAUCAAGUUGUAAUUGCUAUUGAAAAGUAUUAUAAAAAUGAUGCUAAUCGAAUUUCAGUUGUCGGUAAUUCACCACAUCCAAGUCAUGAUAGCACUACGACUACAACUAGCAACAGUGAUUCUGGUAUUGGAUAUAAAGAUUACUGUGGUAUGCAAACAGAUAGAAUAUUAAUGGUUGAUGUACAGAAUCAAUGUUUACACAUUCAACAAGUAACUAUUAUUUAUAUUCCUAAUUAGUUAUGUAUAGUUAUAAUAUUUUAAUAAUCUGUUUAGGUAGGGGAUUUGGCAACACAUUGUAUUGAUUGUUCAGAUUCGAUCACACCCAAGGAUAAUGUAGUUGAACGUGGUCCAAGAAGUCGUUCACCAUUAAGUACUAGUUCGGUUGAUCUUGUAUUCAGUCAAUUAGGACCUGAUUAUCCUAUAUUGAGUAGAUCACCUGGUCCCCGGAGAUCAAAAAGUGAGAGUAGUGUUCAACUCGAAAAUAAUUCUUGUGAAGGAAUGAGUUUAGGAAGUAGUUACCGAAGUCAAGAAUUAUUAUUAUCAGAUGCCAAAAGUAAAUCAAAUAUGGUAUUUGAUUGUUUAAGAUACCCACUUGUAACUCAAAGCUUAGAAGAUUUUAAAACUAAUGAUGAAAAUUGUAUUAUAAAUGUCUGGGGAAGUUUACAAAAUAUUAAAGAAGACAAUGAAGUUUUUAUUCCAGAAACAGAUGAUUUUUGUGUAAGUAUGUUUUAAUAAUUAAUAUAAUUAACAAUGUUCAAGGGUAAAUUUAAGUUCAAGUUUUAAUAAAAAUACAAAAUAUAUAUCAUAUUUGUAUAAUAAUAGGUAGUGGCAGAUCCUAGGAUUGUUUAAAGGGGGCAAAUUUUUAUUAUACUAUAUACAUUUUGUAGUAUAAACAAUUAUUGUAGAAUAUAUGAAUUGCAUUAAAAAAACAUGGCCCAAGGAAGGCGUUCGCCAUGAAACCCGAGAAAAAAGAACAGUUUUAAAAUUUUUGAAGAUUAUAAAUGAUUAUUACAUAAAAAAAUAAUUAUAUCUUAUUAUAACACUAGAACAGUUUGACACUUAAGUGACUUAACAGAUUAAAUUUAGUUCACUUAAAUAAUAGCAUGAAAGUAUGGAUAGAUCUUCAUGAGUAAUUUAAAUGAAUGAAAGUAAUUAAAGAUAUAUUUCAACUACUCAUUAUUUUAUAAAGUUUUAAUUUUUUUGAAAAUUCUUUUUUUCACAUAUUUUUUUAUAAUUAAAAACCAACAUUUUUCACAAGUUUUAUUUUUUAUAUGUCAAUAUUUUUAAAAAUUACAUUAAAUAAACAUUGUUUUUAAUUUUCAUAAUUAAUUAAUAUAUUUAACAUUUUAAAAUUGUUGUUCCUUUUUACUGAUCACUGUUCUUCAUGCAAUUCCAUUGUAUCCACCACUGCGUCCCAUGAGUUCCACUUCAAACAAUUGGUAGGUACGCUUACAUUUCUGAAAAUUAGUUGAAGUACUUUAUUCCCUUGCGGGGACAAAGUACACUCUAAUUUAAAGAUUGAAUAUAACUACAGGGGAAUGUGAACUAUAAAGUAAUUGAAUAAUAAAAGAGGAAAGUAGAGAACAAGAAAGUAGAACUUGAAACUUAAGUAGGGCAGUGGAUAAGGAUAGGAUUUAAAUGUAAAACUACUGCCUCUUGUUGCGAAGUACAUAAAAAGUAGUAAAAGUGUAACAAUUAAAAGGUAACAAAUUAUGAUUGAAAUGUGACUGAAAGAGAAGAAUAAUAUCAAAUAAAAAUCCAGUGUUUUAUUUUUGUAUAUCCCAUAAAAUAUAUUACAUGUUUAAGUGUUAAAUUCAUUAGUAUUCAUUCAAUGUAAUUCUAAUUAAAAUUUUAAACAUGAUAGGUAGGUUACUGUAUGUAAUGACGUCACUUCAAUAUCCGUGGCAUGUGUUUGUCAUACAUAAUACAAAAUCGAAAUAAUACCCAGACUGUGCAAAUUUUCAUAUGUAUUUUUCUGUAUUAUAUUCUUUUCACUUACUUGAUAUCAUUAAAUGUUUGUUACAAAUAUAUUUCUUAACUUAUAUAAGAUAUGCUUCCUUUUCGUAAGAUCAGUUGUAUUACAUUUUCAAACAGUUCAUUUGUACGUGUUUUAAGGCGAACAAAUUCUUUUGAAAGUAAAACUGAGGUAUAUUUGUGUAUAUAAAUAUAUAUUAUUUCAAAAUGUGUACUUUAUAUUCAAUAAUUAUUAUAGUUACUUUUAAAUGAUAUAAAUUAAAUCAAAUGUUUAAGUUGGAUUAAAAAAAAUAAUAAUAAUAAUAAUGGUGGUCACUUUUAAUUAUUUUAGUAUUAUUAACAAUUAUAGUGAUACAUUGUGUAAAUAUUAAUUUCAGGAUUUUAAAUCUUUAUAUAAUAAUUAUUCUACUCAAUUAUCCAGAUCUCAUAAAUAUUAAAAUAAAAAUUUAAUUUGUAUUUGUUUCUGAGUUUUAGUCUUAUUUUUUUUUUUUUACUUAUGGUUAUUAUUGAUUUUAUUUUUCAGAAUGAUUCAAAAACUAGUCAAGCUCAGGAUUGGACAUUAUCAUUUGAAAGAGUUUUACAGGAUCCUAUAACUUCACAUAAUUUUGCUGUAAGUUUUUAUAAAGAGUAUAGUUAUAAAUCAUUAAGUAUUUUAAGAUAAAUUUAGGUUUUGUAAAUAAUAUUAUCUUAAUAAUCAAGUGAAAUAUUAUUUAUUUAAUUAUACAAUAUAAUUAUUAUAGUUUGUACUAGGUAUUAAAAAACUUAAAACUUUUAAUAGUAUCAUUUAUUAAAUAAAAUAUCAUAUUCAAAUAAUUAAAUUUAGUCUGCUUAAAAUGUGAUUACAAGUUCAAUAUUUUUAUAUUUCCAACUUAUGAUAAAAUUGAAUCAAUAUUUUAUCCACAUAAAUAAAACUAAAAUAUUAAUUAAACUAUAUCUAAAAAGUGCAAAGAUGAGUUUUAGAUACAAUUUUUAGACUAAUGAUUAUUUUAUUAUUUAUUUAUUGAAAUAUUAUAUGAGAUCGUGCCCAAUUACAUUGCAUUUAUAAUACAUAGCUUUUUUUACUGAAUUUAAAUUGUUUUUUUUUUAACAAAACUGUUAGCAUUCUUAAAUAUUAUUGUUUUAAAUACAUAACUCCUCCCCUGUGUACUAAUUACAAUUUCAACAUUCUAAAAGAAAAGUUAUAUAAUGUUUCAGUUUGAAACAAGUUUCCUGGUUGAAAAUAUGUUUUUAGACUGAAAAAGUGACACAUUAUAUAUUAUAGUAAAAUAAAACUUUUUUUAAAUUAUUUGUUUUAUUUUUAUGACUUAAGUAGGUCUGGAUUUCAAUGAAAAGUACAUUUUUUUUUUUGAGUGAUCUUAGACAAUGCUUUCUAAUUACCUAAUUUAUUUUAUGUAACAGAUACUUCAAAAUCUGAAACUCUUAUUUUGCAUUUUUUGGUUAUUUUUUAGUGUUAAUCAUAUUUGUACAUUGUAUGACUUCAUUUUUUUUCUAUGAAUUUCAAAAGUCAAACAUUAGCUAAGAUGAACUAAUAUUAAACUUAAUGAUAACAAGUUUAAAAAUGACUGAUAAGUACAAUAAACGGCAGAGGGUAAUAAAAUUAAUUUGAAUUUUUUAACAAUUUUUUCUUUUUAGUUUAAAAAAAAAUUCUAAAAUAUUGAACAGAAUAAAAUGUAUUUCAUAUGUCAGAUUUUCGUGAUACAACCUGUAUAUAUAUGUAUAAUAAGUUAAAUGGUUUUUUAUACAGGAAUUUUUAAAAAAAGAAUUUAGUGCUGAGAAUCUGUACUUUUGGACCGCAAGUGAACAGUAUCGUUCUACCAUUGAUCAGGAAUUACGAUGUGCAAUUGCUCGAGAUAUAUAUGCUAAACAUUUAGCUUGUGAUGCUAUUGAACCAGUUAAUGUGGAUUCAAAGGCUUCAAAUCUUACCAUCGAACAAAUCGAACAAGCUGAUCCAAAUCUCUUUUUACAGGCAAGUAUACUCUAUUUUAUAAUUAUUAUGGUAUGCUAAAGAAUUAAUUUACCUGUGUAUUAUUUUUUUCUAGGCACAAAAACAAGUAUUUAAUUUAAUGAAAUUUGAUAGCUAUCCUCGUUUUGUAAAGUCUGAUCUUUAUAAAAUGUGUUUAGUGGAACAUUUACCUGAUAAUUUACCAUUUGGUGAACAAGAUACAACUAUUUCAAAAUCUUUGCAAUGUCCUAACAAAAAGGUAAGUAUUUUUAUUUUGUACUAACUACUAAGUAAUGAACAUUUUUGAUUGUAUUAUUGGACUUUAUCCGUGCAGAGUAUAAACAUAAAAUAAAUAAAAAUGUGUCUCCCUAUGAAUACAAUUGAUUAUAAUAAAAUUAAGAAUAGUUUUAUCUUUGUAUAAUUAAUGAAUAUCAGAAAGUGCAAUUUUUAUAUUUUAAGAACAAAUUUCCUGUGUAAGUCACACUUUAUGUAUUCGAUUUCCCAUUGAAACUAGUUAAGUAGUUUUUGAGUUUAUAAACUAUAAUUAGGUAGUUAGUUCACUCCCAAAAAUAAGGGGUGACAAAAAAUAAUAGUAUUAUAACAUGAUAGGGCUACAUGUUUCCUAAAUUAUAUAUUUGUGUGACACUCGGUGUAUAUUAUAUUUAUAUAAGAUAGAUUUGUAUUUUAUAUAAAUGUAAAUCAAUAAAUAAUAAUAUAUUCAAAUGUUUAUUCUUUAAAUUUAAAUUUAAUAGAUUUGUGAUAUGGAAGAAACAAUUAACACAAGUACUGUUGAGUACCGUGGUAACACUGCAAGUCGUCGGAAGUCACUAUUAUCGUGGAGACGUCAAUCUUCAGUACAACCUCCAUUAACUUCUGGUUUGUGCCGAGUGACACUUCCUGAUCAGUCUUCGACAGUAUUGCACGUGACUCCAGAUAUAACUGUCCAAAUUCUUAUUCAAAGAUUAUUUGAUAAACGCGGUUAUCCCUAUAAACAUUUCAAAGUCAAAGUUCAAUCAAACAGUGAACAAGUAUGAUUUAUUUUUAAAUCACAUGAUUUUAUUAAUUAUAUAAGUACAAAUGUAAAAUAAAUCAUUCAGUUAAUAAUAAUUCAUAAUAAAAUUAUAAAAAAAUUUCUGAUUUAAUUUUAAUAAUAAAGUAAAGUUGUUUGCAUUAUGAAAUUUUCAUCAAAAAGACCUAAAACAUUUUAUUCUCGGUUAAUAGUUUAAUAAAAUUGAAAAAGUGCCGACCAAUGAAAAUUAUAAUUUUUUAUGAAUUAAAAAAUAUUUACAAUUUUUAAAAUAAAAUAAAAGCAGCAUUACCCUUAAAUGAAUCCUUAAAUUUGAUUUUGGGCAAUAGAUUAGUGAAAAGUCACUAAAGAGAUUAUUAAAAGGUAAAAAAUAAUUGUUGAAUUUCACUGAAUUUGAGAAAAUGUUAAAAACCAAGUGCAACUCCCCCAAAUUAUUUUAAAAUGUAUUAAUUUUAAUGGUUUAAAUAUUAUCUUUUCUUUUUAAUCAAGUUUUUUUUUGAAAAUAGAUACUAUUACAGCCUACAAUGUCUGUGUUUCCCAUUAUUUUUGUGUAUUUUGAGCAGCUCUAUUUGGACUAUAUGAGCUCAAAUUCAGAAAUUAGAGUUGUAAUAUAAUCAAAUUAAAGACAAUUUAUUUCAAUGUGUAAUUUUAAUGGAAGAAGGUGUUUUUAAUUUUGAACACCUCUACAGACCCCCUAAAUGAAGCUAUGGGGAUGAAAUUUUAUAAAUGCAUGAUUAGUAUCGAGAUGAGGAUCUCUAUCAAAAAAAUUAAUUUGGUUAUACUGAUUGACAUUCUCUUAAGAAUAAUUGUAUACAUAUAUAUUAUCACUCUGUGAUGAUCCAGUUAUCACAAACCAGCGAUUUUCUCAUAGGAUUUUAUUUUUUUUUUUUUUUCAGCCAUUUAUAACUGUUUUUAGUUUUAUAUUAAACCAUUUUUAAAUAAGAUACGCUCCUCCCUCAUUUAAAUAAUAUUUCAUUAAAAAUCAAAGUUAUUAAUUUAUAAUCUAAAAAUGGAUACAAAAAUUAAACUUCCCUACUCCUUCAGUUAAAAUUUUAAACUUUUAUAACCCAUAACUAGUAUGUCUGAUAUUAGUGUUAUAUAAAUAUUAACAUUUUUAGAAAAAUAUUCUCAAUUUGAAUCUGUUUGAAAAGGAUUAGAUUCCUAUUUGAAAAUCAAGUGUUUAUUUGAUUAAGGUAUAGGGAGUAUUUAUAAGGAAUUGGGGUGAAAAAUUUUGUGUUUUUUUUUCAAAAUAAAGCUUAAACCAUUUUAUAAGGUUUGAAGAAAAUAAAAAUCAAAUGUAAAAUCCUCGAAAUUGCUGGUUUAUGAUAACUGAAUCACUCUGUAUUAUACACUAAAAUUAUAAAUUGGAAAUAAACUACUAAAUUAAACUAUAUUGUGUACAUAAAAAUAAAAAUAUUUUUGUUAUACUUAUUUUUAGAGGUAAACCUAAUAUUAAUUAUUGAUUUUCAAGUAGAGUAGCAAUCUAAGUUCAAAAUUCUAUCAAUAUAUAAAGUUUUAGUUUAAUUUAUUUAAAAUAUAUUUUUAAACUAAACCAUUUAUCUUUGGAAUUUUUCAUAUAGGUUGUUAUUUUAAAUUAAAAUAAGUAGGGGUUCUCCAACAAAAAUAGGAGUAACCAAAAUUUAAGAGCUGCUUGUUUCUUUAAUUGGUUAUAAAUUAAAAUCCUAAAAUAGUUAAUUAUUUCCAAGAUUAUAAGUAUCUUACGCUAUGUUGAUCACUCUGUAUACUUAAUGAAUAUUUACAUCAUUGGUUUAUAUUAAAACAUUUAAUUUUUUUAUUAUUUUUGAUAGGUUAUUGAUUUAAAUAGCAGUUCAUGUGUACUAGAUGGUUUAGAUGUAAAAGUUGAACCAAGAAUAUGGUUCAGGUUAGACUUACCCGAUAGAAAAACUAUUAAUGUAGAUUGCAAAAUAGAUUCAACAAUUGAACAAGAGAUUGGUCCUAUACUAUCAACAUAUGGUUACAAAACAGAAUUAGUUACAUUGUGUUGUGUAAGUAUUGCUUGCAUACAUUAAAGUAGAAUUUCUCAUAGAAAUAUACCUACCAUUUUAGAUAAGUGAAAAUGAAGUCAUAGAUCUAGAUAUGGAUGUUUCGCUUGUCGAAGGUCGACGUAUCCAAGUUUUAACGCGUAGUAAUAUGACAUCAUUUACACAAAGUUUUACAAUGAAAAAUGGACAAGAUUCAACUAAUUUAGAUGAAUUAACUAAUCAAGUAUUUGAAGAUUUAUUGCAAAGCAAAAAUCCAGAAAUAUUAAAACUUCCUUCAGAUCAAGGAUCCAUAAAAGUUAGUAAAAAUAUAUUGUAUUUAUAUAAAUUAAUACAAAUAACCCAUUUAUUUGUAUUACUUGUUAAAUUAUUUAUGCAAUACUAAAUUAUAUUAUUAUUUUUUACACACCUAUCUAUUUUAGUCUGAAGAAUGGGGAUCUGAACAAUCGUCAAGUUUGAUCAGUAGAUUUUUAAGAAGAGAUUCAAUAUUUCAUGAAAAACAGAGAGUGAGAAUUUUAUUAAUUUUAAAAUUUACUCAUGUAUCAUUAAUUAUAUAUUUUUUUUUUUUUUUUAGAAAAUAAAAAAAACUUGUAAAUCACAGUGUGUUAUACAAGAUCAACAAAUUAAUAGUAGCGAAAAAAAACAAACAUUAAGUAAACUUCCACCACUGAUUGCUAAAUUAAAGCCAAUUACGAAAAUUCAAACUGAUCGACAAUCAGAAAGUGAUGGUAUUUAUUUUAUUUUAAUUAUGUACAUGUUUUCCGCAGUUUUAUAAUUUACUGUGUCUUAAUAAAUUUAACUGUUAAAAUAUAUAACAACUAUUAACAUAACAUUUUUUUUUCUUCUCAAGAUUAAUAUACAUUAUUUAUUUUAUAAGGCAAAAUGUCUUCUUACUUCUAGCUUUAUUUGUUCAUAAACAGUUUUAUUGAUUAUUAAAUGUUUAAUUAUAUUUUUAGCAUUAUAUGAAGGCUUAAAGCGAGCCCAACGAAGUAGAUUAGAGGAUCAACGUGGUACUGAGAUUAACUUUGAAAUGCCAGACUUUUUAAAGGUAUAUUGGAGUUGUAUAAAGGACCUGUAAAGAGUUGAUUGAAUUUAAACCAAAUAUUUUUAUUUUUAUUUUUAUUCAAUUAUUAUUUAAAUGUUUAUGUUGAUUUAAAUGUGUAAAUUAUUUUCAAAUAAGUACGACAAAUGUAAUAUUAUACAUGUUGUACACUUUUUUAUUCACAAUAAAUGAAUUAAGUAAAAUUAAAUAUGGGAGUUUUUAUUUUAAAAUAUAAUUUACAAGAUAUGUUUUAGGUUUAGUGUCAACUCUUUAUAAGCUACUCAUAAAUAUAUACUAUGAAUAUAAUUUUAAUUUUUAAAUUAUAUUUUAUACAUUUAGGAUAAAGAAAAUAAAACUGUGGACACUAACAAAAAACAACGUAAAUCACUUAGAUUAACAGAGUGUAAUGGUAUUAGGGAAUCAGCUCGUUUUUAUAAAUCUCAGAAUGAUGGUGAAUUCAAACGGCCAAAUCCAAUAAACGAUGAUCGUACCAAAUUGAUGAGACAUCUUCCUCCACCUCUUCCACCUAAGCCUAAGAACUUAAUCAAUGAUCAUCAGAUAAAAAAAAAAGUUGAUACUAAGGUUAAAAAACCUGUGUACUUGGAUCAUCCAACAAGUAGUUUUGUAUAAAUUUAUUUAAGAUAUUACUUAAAUAGUUUUGUUAUUAUUAAUAUUAUAUUACAAAAAGAAAAUUAUUUUAAAUAUAUAUUUUUACAUACAGUAUUAUUGUGGUAUGGGUAUUUAUAUUUUUAUGUCACACAUUUAUAUGUUAAUUUUUAAGUAUUAAUUGUAUAAAUAUUUAUUUAUUAAAAAAAAUAAAAAAAUAAAAUAACAAAUAUCUAUAUCUUUAUUAAUAUUGUUUUUUUACAUCAAUAUUUAUAAUUAUGCAUCUGGAAGUACAAUUUUAGAUUUUGCUUCAUCUGGUUGAGCUUCUAAUGCUGUUUCUGUUUCAGUUUCAGGAUUUAUUAUAUUCGUUAUUAUAGCAGGUUCUUUAGGAGGCAUCCAAUCAGGAAUAAUUUUACCAUGUAUCCGCCACAAACCAUAUUGAUUUACAAUAUGUUUCUCAAAUACAACAUAUUCUAAGACAUCUUUAGCAACUACAUCACUACCAAAAAUUAAGCGUCCAAAACGAUCAAAAACUGUUAAUGUCUGUUACAAAAUAUAUAAUCUUAAUUAGUUAAACAAAUUAAUACACAAUGCCAUGAUAUAUAUAUUUUGAAUAAUGUGACUUAAUAUAAUAUAAUACAAUACCUGUUGUGUGUGGAAGCGUACAGUUAACUGUGCAAAUAAAUUAUCUGAAGUUAUAAUAUCUGUUACUCGUGCAUGAACAACACGAGGUGGUUCAAUUGAUUUUAUGAAUGACCAACGUAAUGUCUUUCUAUCUAUGUUGUGGAUCAUUUCCUUUAAUGUACAUAAUAUAUUUAUAUAAAUACAUAAAUCAAAUUAUAAAUAAAUGAUUUUACUUACAAUAUAGGCUCUUUCUGUAACAUAUUCAAGUAAAUUUUUCUUAUCCUUGCUAAACAAAUAAAACACAAAAGUAAAAUUUAUCAUAGAUAUGAUUAAUGAAAUACAUUUUUACGCACUUAAUCAUAGCUGUGUGAGCUUUAAUAUAAACAUCCUGUGCUUUAGUUAUAAAAUCUGGAUAUAAUUCAAAUUCUUCCUCAUUCUGUCUUAUUUUACGAAUAGCUUGCCAUGUUUCUCUUUUUUUUUUUAAUAAUUCAAUUUUUUGUUUAGCUCCCUAAAUAAAAAAUGAUUAGUAUUAUAGUUAUAGUUAUUGAAAUAAAUAUAUUUUGACUCAACUGCUGUACUUAAUGGUGAAACUUUGCCAUCUCCUUCUGGUGGAACAUAAGGUUCAAUGAUAGAGCCAGUAUUAUUUAUAAAUGUAGUAUGUUCUAUCCAGGGUCUUACAGGCUGAACACCUUUUUCUUUAUAUCUAGUACGUAAUAUUUCAGGAUUAUAAUUUUCGGUGUCCCUUUUUUCUUCAUUGUAAUCAGGUAAUGUUACUUUAAUAACCUAUUCAA